AUGGUUCUGUCUGCGAGUCCCGUGUCCUUAUCCUUGGUUCUCUUUCUCUAUACACAAGCCGCUCGCACUUUAGAAUACGACCAGAGCCGGACUCGUCUGCGUUCAACCGCAUUUGGCAUACCCGGCCAGGAUGCGGUCUACGAUUACGUUGGUAAAAAGAUAUAUCGACCUUGCUUUAAGAUCAUUAAGCUGACAUAUAGACUGAAAGUCGUUGGCGGAGGUACAGCAGGCAUUACUAUAGCCUCCAGGCUGGCCGAGAAUUCAUCGCUUUCUGUAGCCAUCAUCGAGGCGGGGGGCUUCUAUGAGGUAGAUAAUGGUAAUUACAGCGUACUUCCCGGCUUAUACUUCGCCUCACCAUUCUAUGCGGCCACGGAGACUUUUCCAGAACAGCCAUUGGUGGACUGGGGCCUGCUAUCUACCUCUCAGGCGGGCGCUCUGGAUCGUAAGAUACAUUAUGUGCAGGGCAAAACCCUCUCAGGCUCGUCGGCUUUGAAUGCCAUGGCGUACCACCGCGGAACCCUUGGGAGCUACCAACGGUGGGCUGAUACAGUCGGAGACGAUUCGUAUACCUUUCACAACUUACUACCUUAUUUCCAGAAAUCUUGCAACUUCAGUCCUCCAGACGAUGGUAAGCGCAAGACCGGCAAUGCAACCGUGAAGUUUGAUCCGCAAGCAUUCAGCGUCGACGGCGGCCCCCUUCACGUAUCGUACAGCAAUUGGGUCGAUCCAGCUUUGACAUGGUUUCAGCAAGCUUUCGCAGCAGUUGGUCUCCCAAUCAUCGCAGAGGGUUUCAACAGCGGAUCACUGACCGGGAAAUCGUCAUGGAUACCGUCCACGAUCGACUCCCUGACAGGGGAGCGCUCCUCGUCGCAAACGUCUUUCUUGCGGCAGACCAUCGACAUGGCUAACCUUUUCGUGUACACCCAAGCUCAGGCCACUGGUUUAUUGUUCAACUCGACAAUCGCAUCUGGAGUUAAUGUUACUACGCGGAGCUUGAGUUAUGUGGUCUCAGCCAGAAAGGAGAUCAUACUCUCUGCCGGGGCAAGCCUUUCUCCGCUGCCUCCUGAAAUUUCUUACCAAUUGUUCUUAGGCAUCGGACCUCGAGCAACGCUUGAAAGUUGCUCUAUUCCCGUGCUCGUCGAUCUCGCAGGAGUGGGCCAAAAUCUGCAGGACCAGCCCAUCUUCGGUGUCUCAAAGCCCAUCAAUCUACCAAUUCAGCAGAACCUUCUUCAAGAACCAGAAGCUCUUACACAAUUCCUGCAAGAGGCAGCGGGCCCUUUCUCCUCGCUCAACGGAUUAAUUGCAUUCGAGAAAGUUCCGCAGCUAUUGCGGAGCAAUUUUUCCAGAGCGGCGCUCAAUGCCUUGAAGAAAUUCCCAGCCGACUGGCCAGAGGUGGAGUAUCUAGCAUCGACAGCUACAGGCCCGGCUGCAUCAGGUCUGGGCUUGAUCGAAGCAGCGCUGUCUGCUCCACUCUCCCGUGGUAAUGUUACUAUUACCAGCUCAGACAUCUCCGUUCCGCCCGUCAUCAACAUGGGCUGGUACACAGACGACACCAACGCCGACGCGCAAGUUGCCGUUGCUGCGCUGAAGAGGAUUCGUCAAGCCUUCGCUACUGUGCCUAACAUCACCGCAGGCCCAGAAUUGGCGCCCGGACCGACUGUUCAGACGGAUCAAGAAAUCCUGACCUAUAUCAGGAACACUAGCAUUCCAUUGUAUCACGCCGGUGCUACGUGCGCCAUGGGUAAAACCAGCGACACUCGGGCUGUUGUUGAUGCACACGCACGGGUGAUUGGUGUGCAGAAUUUGAGGGUGGUGGAUAUGUCAGCUGUGCCUUUUAUUCCUCCUGGGCAUCCGCAGGCAACGUUAUACAUGCUAGCGGAAAAAAUUGCAGAUGACAUUAGAAACGGUCUCUAG